UUGAAGUGACCGGAAAGGCAAUUCUCUUACAGUCCACGGGGUUCUAACACAGCAGUGGAGAGAAGCUGUAACAAAGCGGGAGCAAGAGUUCCCUCAAGGACAGCGAUCUUGGGCGGUCACAGCUGCCAGCUGCAGUUUACCCAGGACGGUGAAAGUUGUGGUCUCCGGGUCUUAUCAGCCAACGGCUGCUUGUUCUUGGAAAGGAAACCUAAAGUCCGUAACACUUAAAAAGAAAGGGGCUGAAGUGGCUGCAAGGGCGGCAGUCUGGCUCCUUUGUCCUCGACUUAAUUAACUCUUACCCUUGGCGAGCCGCGGACCCGGAUUACCCCAUUGCACUCCUUUACGAGCGCACUAACUCACUGCCACAUACCUAGUGCCUGACACAUGGGGGCGCUCAAUAAAUAUUUCUUGGAGAAUCCAGUUGGAUUGCGAGGGGAGAAUUUGCUUAACAAAAAGUUGAGUUAAGCGUCUGUCAGGCGCCGGAAGGAGAGGAAGCAGCACCCGGGACGCUGCCGGAGCCGGCGAGCGCAGUUGGCCCGCGGGCCUCAGCCUUGGGGAAGAUGGCAGAUGAUCAGGAACGUGUUGCAGAGCAGGGGGCUGGCGAUUCCGCACCUCCAGAUGCAGUUGAUGCUAAGCCAGACCGGUCGUCAUUCCUCUCAUCACUCUUAACUAAGAAGAAGAAGAAUGGCUCUACAGGCCCAGCCAGGACCCCCCGGGACCAGGUGCCUGUGUAUCAGUAUAACAUGAAUUUCGAGAAGGUGGGCAAGUGCGUCAUAAUAAACAACAAGAACUUCGACAAAGUGACAGGAAUGGGUGUCCGAAAUGGAACCGACAAAGAUGCUGAGGCCCUUUUCAAGUGUUUCCGAAGCCUGGGUUUUGAUGUGGUUGUUUAUAAUGACUGCACUUGUGCCAAGAUGCAAGAUCUGCUUAAACGAGCUUCUGAGGAGGACCACACCAAUUCAGCCUGCUUCGCCUGCAUCUUGUUAAGCCAUGGAGAGGAAAAUUUAAUUUAUGGAAAAGAUGGCAGUACACCAAUAAAGGAUUUGACAGCCCAUUUUCGGGGCGAUCGAUGCAAAACCCUUUUAGAGAAACCCAAACUCUUCUUCAUUCAGGCUUGCCGAGGGACGGAGCUCGAUGAUGGGAUCCAGGCUGACUCAGGCCCCAUCGGUGACACCGAUGUUAACCCACACUAUAAGAUCCCGGUGGAAGCUGACUUUCUCUUCGCUUAUUCCACGGUUCCAGGCUAUUACUCUUGGAGGAACCCGGGAACAGGUUCCUGGUUUGUGCAGGCUCUCUGCUCCAUCCUGGAGAAGCAUGGCAAAGAGCUGGAGAUCAUGCAGAUCCUCACCAGGGUGAACUACAGCGUGGCCAGGCACUUUGAGUCCCAGUGUGAUGACCCGCGUUUCAACGAGAAGAAGCAGAUCCCAUGCGUGGUCUCCAUGCUCACCAAAGAACUCUACUUCUGCAAGUAACUGUUCCUUCUAGCCCAGAAGCUAGGGGCCAUUUGUGGAUGAGUCAGAUCAUUAUUACUAUUUUGAUGCUCUUGAAAUAUCCAGAAAUGUUGUAAGAUUUUAAUUUCAGAAAACUGUAUUGAUUCAACAGGGAAGAAACAUUCUGGUGCUGAAUUAUGGCCUCUGAAUUUUCAGAGCCUUUUCUUUUUUACUAUGUUAUUCAUUUGAUGACUGUGUAAUUUCCUCUUAAGGUUAAUUUUUCUGUUUGUAUUUCUUUCACUUUGUUAAUUGCACUUAGUACCUGCAACAGAAAUGACCUCAGGAGAAAACUCGUGGCUGUGUCCACUGUAACUGGUGAUAACAUUGGUGGAGUGGAGUCAUAUUGGCACUUGGCAAAACAAAUCUUCACUCUUGACAAAAAACAGCUGAAGAGAUAGUCAUUGGCCUGUAUUGUGUAGUUUGAGUGAUUUUUCAUUGGUUGAGGGCAGAUUGUUAUGCAAGCAUUCCCAGGUAAGUGAGAGGAGGAAACAAUCUAAUGACUCUAACAUAUAUCAGUGAGGAUCCGGUCCAAAAACCAGAAAUCAUUGUAGGUGUUCCCAUAGAGGGAAUUUAAUAUAGGAAAUUGAGUUCAUUGAAGAUUAUUUUUUUUAAGCCAGACAGCAGAAGGCUGUUGGCACUCCUGGGACUGUGAGGACAAUGGGAGAGGGUGUGGUCUCCUGAACCAGCAGCUGGGAUCAGCCACCGAAACUGGGAUGAUGGUGGGGUCUCCCUGAUGGGAGCUAGGACUACUGAGGGAUUGUGCAAAAUGGAGCCAUGGUAAGGGCAAAGCCACUGCCUGUGGUGGUGACAAUGUCAGAGCUGAGUCAGACAUCGAGAAAUACCCUGGCCUUGGGUUUCCUGUCCUCACGUCUUCAGCCGCCAUCUUACCAUUCCAUCCCUGUCUGGCAGCUAGGGACCCUGGGAAAUGUGGUUUCCUGUGAUGCAGAACAGAGCAAGGGCUAGCGAGGCAGCAGAAGAUCAAGGAGUGGAUAUAAGCCUGGCCCAUCAUGUGAACAUAUUACCUUGAUGUUCAGCAAUUCAUCCAUUCAAUCAUUUAUUCAUUAAGUUGUCAGAUAAUCUAACUAUGUGCCAAAAGAGCCAUUUCCACUUCAUGUGCAAAAUAAUUUGUUAUAGUGUUAAAAUAUACUUGGAACUUUUACAAUUAUUCCAAGUAUUAUUCUGAGUAAGUGUUUUUGUUGCCUCUAAUUCUGUGAAGAAGUUUAUAGCAAAGAUUUUGGGCACUUUGUUUUCAAGAUGGUAGUAUCUUUUGAAUUCUUCAUAUUUUAGUGUAUUUUCCUUACCUAGUAACUGGUUAACAAAUGUUCAUAUUUAUCGAUUAAAAUGUGACUGCUUAAUUCCUAA